AUGGCGAAAAAAGGAGCCGUUUUCGCCGGAAGCUCGCUUGUUUUGACUUAUGCGCUGUGGGACCCUAAAUAUCUAUCUUGUGAAAGCAUAAAGGGCAUCAAACAGUUCAGUUCCAGUCCGGGAGAGCAGGGGAGUGCUAGUACUAUAUCUCUACUGUCAGAUAGUCAAGUAACGCAGCGCCUACGGCAGAUGGAAGAGAGCUACUUUGUACGAAGGGGACGGGGCAUUUUGCGCUACGAUUCGGCUCAGUUGCCGUCUAACGCUCCCAUAGAAGACACUCGCGUGGAACAAGUGAUAACUUUCCCUAGCACACAGCCGGGUGCGGACGAGGAUCUGUAUUUUUUUGGCGUUUUCGACGGCCACAGCGGUCCCUACACCAGUGCCAACUUGGCACGAACCCUCGUGCCAUAUGUUGCUCAUCAGUUGGGCCAGGUUUACAACUCUGUUUCUGAAUCUGGGCCCUCGUCUUCGAGCGCUGUAGAUGCAGCAAUCACCUCGGCAUUUUUGAACCUAGACCGCGAUCUAGUACAAGGCUCCCUGGGCAAUCUUUUUAAAGACCCUUCGAAGAAAAAUUUAGCAAGCGCAUUGCCAGCCAUAUCUGGCUCAUGUGCGCUUCUCACUAUGUUCGAUAGCAGCAACUCGUGUUUGAAAUGUGCAGUCACGGGCGACUCGCGAGCUUUGCUAGGUAUUCAAGAUCCCGAUGGACAAUGGUCGGUGAAAGCGCUAUCGGUUGAUCAAACCGGUGACAAUCCCGAAGAAGUGGAACGAAUCAGGUCUGAGCACCCAGGAGAGCCCGGAGCGGUACGCAAUGGCCGUGUUUUGGGAUCUUUGCAACCGUCAAGAGCAUUUGGGGAUUAUCGCUACAAGGUCAAAGAACUGUUUGGUAAAACGGUACAAGACUUGCCUGAUCAUUUAAAGGUAUAUUUCCGCCGUGAGCCGCGAAACUUCAACAGUCCUCCUUAUGUCACUGCUGAGCCUGUCAUCACAACCACGCAUGUAGACAGCAAUUCCAAAUUCAUGGUUCUGGCGUCAGACGGUCUAUUCGAAUUGUUGAACAAUGAAGAAGUCAUGAAUUUAGUGGUUGAAUGGAUGAACAAAGAGAGAGGAAGCGAUAUCAAUAUCAAAUCCGUCGUUGCAGCCCCUAAAGCUAUGAGCACGUUUGAAAGCACGCCUUCCAAGUGCUUUAUUGAAGAUAACAAUGCAGCAACACAUUUAAUACGGAACGCGCUAAGCUCCGGUGGCCAGCGCGACUACGUCUCGACCCUCGUCAGCAUUCCGUCUCCUAUGAGUCGCAAAUACAGAGAUGAUCUGACUGUCACGGUCGUCUUUUUUGGAGACGAAGCCGAUCCUAGUCAAGUUUCGGGUGAACUCUCUCUGAAUCACAAUGCCACGGCACCACCCAAACCAAAAUUAUAG